AUGGUGCAGCUGCUUUUGAUUUUAGGGCAGGGGUUGGUUUAUCUGCUCUACGCACUGAUUUUCAGCGAAAUGGUGCUGAUUAUGACGCUGCUGUUUGAUGCUCCGAUGACGAAAACUGUGAUCAUGGAGUUGGAUAGUUUGAAGCUAAACCAAGGAAAGGGUCUAUUGAUUGUGAAGAUUGUCACUGGAACUCUGUUUUUGGUUUUAAUAGCCAAUUUCUACAGUCUCCUCCGCAUAACUAUGAAGAACCGAACCAACGAGGGCAGUGGGCUAAACCCAACAGAGGAGGUUCUCAAGUCCAUGAACGUACUCCAAAUUUCUCUAAUUGGGAUUGUGCUGUUUCUUGUACUGAUGAUAGAUAGCUUGCACCAUUACAUAAAAGGGCUUCCUUCACUCGUGAUGGCCAUGGAGGCUGCAAAAACACAAAACCAAAGUUUUCGAAAGGAGAAAACCGAAAGUGUACAGAAGCUUAAUACCAUGGUACAAGAGAAGGAUACAUUGAGGACAAAGCUCAAGUAUCUGGAAUCUGAAUGCGAGAGCGAAGCAAACGAGGCAAACAAGGCAAGAGCCGAGGCAGAGGCCCUAAGACAGGAAUCUGAAGGAUUCUUAAAAGAAUAUGAUCGAUUGCUCGCGGACAACCAAAAUUUUCGGAAUCAGUCGAAAUUGGUUGAACAGAGAUUCACCAAGCAAAGCACAUCACACCCUAAUGACAAAAAGAACUUGUAA